AUGAGAUCAAAGAGAGGAGAAACGCACUCCAUGUUUGUUGAUGGAGGAGAAGAUUAUCGGUUUUUGCUGCAGGGAAUCAACAAUAUGAGAUUUGUGUUUACGGCUGAAAACCCUAAACGAUUCAAUAUACAUAGGCCCGGCAGGCCUUCACGUCUUGGGUUCUUAUUUCCUUUUAUAUGCUGGCUGAGAAAACUAAGGAAAGCGCAGGUGGACUAUGGGAAUUUUGUUGGCUUGUUGCCAGUUUUUGACCCUCCAAGACAUGACAAGGCUGAAAGCAUUCCAAGGGCUUUGAAUCUUGGUGUUGACGUCAAGAUGAUCACUGGUAAUAAUGCUUACAAAUCGAUCUUGUCGUGUGUAAACUAUACUACACCUUUACAUUUUUCCACCUAA